UUGCGGUCCAGGUGAACAUGACUCCCUCUCUCUCUCUCUCUCCCAUGGCGUUCCUCCCCACCAUUCUCCUGUUCCUGCUUCUCCUCCUCUCCGCCACCUCUUCUGCUCUGCCGCGAACGUCGCUUCCACCACUGCCAACACAAGAUGACCGGAAACCCGCUGCCAUCCACCAGGCAUGCAAAGCUACACGCUUUCCCACCAUCUGUGAGCAAACGCUGGCAGGAUCCGAGCUCCCCGCCGGUGAACCAAGCGCGGCAGACCUCAUCAAGGCCGCCAUGGACGCCACCGCCGCCCCUCUCCAGUCCGCCACCUCCCUGUCUCAGUCAAUCGUCGACUCGGCCCGAGACAACCUCAACCUGUCCACGGUCGCCUCCAGGUGCGUCCUCGGCCUGGGCAACUCAACGUACCGAAUCGGAAUGUCAUCCAACCCCGACACGAUACGCAUGAACAUCCGAGACGUCCGUGCGUGGCUGAGCGUAGCCCUGAGCUACCAAUCCGGAUGCCAUUCCGCACUCAAGGCCUUCAACACCACGGCUCCGGUGGGCUCGGCGGUCAAUCUCCUGGAUUCGCUGACCAUGUUGACCAGCAAUGCCCUGAGCUUGGCUUUUGCAUUUGACCGGUUUGGGAACGAUACUGACUCGUGGAUGCCGCCUCAGACGGAACGGGACGGGCUCAUCGCCAGCCCGAGCCACGUGCCAGGUUCGGGCUUGCCCGCAGGCUUCCAGCGAGGGUUCGACGGGCUGGAACCGGACGUGGUGGUCUGCAAGGAUGGGGCCGAGGGGUGUCUCGGGACGGUACAGGGGGCUGUCGACUCGGCUCCGGAGAGCGGUUCAGGCAUGUUCGUCAUUAAGAUAAAGGAAGGGGUAUACGACGAGAUCGUGAGGGUGCCCUUCAUCAAAAAGAACGUCGUCUUUCUGGGAGCUGGAAUGGGCAAAACCGUAAUUACAGGCUCUUUGAGAUCCGGAAAUGGCGUCUCGACCUAUGACUCCGCCACCGUCGGUAUAGUUGGCGAUGGCUUCAUGGCCAGGGACAUCACUUUCCAGAACACAGCCGGUCCGGGCAGCUUCCCAGCAGUCGCGUUCCGCUCCGAGAGCGACCUCUCCCUGAUUGAAAACUGCGAGUUCAUCGGCCACCAGGACACGCUUUAUGCCCACUCGCUCCGGCAACUGUACCGAUCAUGCCGGAUCCAGGGCACCGUCGACUUCGUCUUUGGCCACUCGGCCUCCGUCUUCCAUGACUGCCUGAUCCUCAUUGCCCCCCGCCAGCUUUCGCCGGAGCAAGGUGUCGUCAACGUGAUUGCAGCCCAUGGCCGGAUCGAUCCGGCACAGUCAACCGGGUUUGUGUUCAGGAACUGCAUUGUAAAUGGGACGGCCGAGUACAUGAGGUACUACUCGGCAAGGCCGGCGGCUUACCGGAACUACCUAGGGCGGCCGUGGAGGGAGUACGCGCGGACCGUGUUCCUGCACAGCUACUUGGGUGGGCUCAUGAGCCCACAAGGUUGGCUGCCUUGGGCUGGUGACUUUGGACUCACCACUCUCUACUAUGGUGAGUUCGAAAAUUUUGGACCGGGAGCAAACACGUCACAAAGGGUACCAUGGAGCAGCCAAAUCCCCAGCCAAAAUGUGGAACUGUACUCGGUUGAGAAUUUCAUUCAAGGAGAUGAGUGGAUCAAAUCUCCUGAUUAUAAGCGUUAUUAGCCAUGUUUUGAGAAGGAUCCAAACCUAAUGCGCUCAUUUAUCAGACCCGAAAUCAUUCGUCAGAAA